AGCUGCCGGAUGAGGAGGGGAUUUGGCGCCAGUUUGUCUUCAGAGCUGCAGACGCGUUCGAUCCGGAAGGUUUUUCACUUUACUCCUCAGGACAGCGACGUUUCCCCUCGAGCCUGAAGAGGACUCGAGUUGGUCUCCUUGUCUCCUCACAGUCAAACAUAAAAUGCCGAGCACGCGCUCUCAGGGCCGAGCUCAGCCCACGCUGCAGUUCCCCCGACGCAAAUCCACCAGAGUCUCCUCCGUCUCCAAGACGCCUCACAAGUCUCCGGGCUCCUCUCCAACCAAACCUGGAUCUCAGCCCCUCGCCACCCCCCUGACUCAGAUUGGACCGCUGUCCCCGAGACGUCCCAGUGACCGGCCCACCGCCCUCUCUCCCAGUCUCCAGCCACGGCUUCCACUCAGCCCCCGAAAACGCACAGGCGACGACAACGGCUGUAACCUGGGAGUCGCUCUGCUGGGAUCCCCCCCAAAGCAGAGCAAACCCACUCUGGCCUCACCCCGAAAACUGGGCUUUAAUGAGAACUCGCCAGUCACAGCUCGCCGUCAGCUGAUCCCGUCCUCGCAGAGAGCGCCGCUCUCUCCCGCUGUCGCCCUGUCGCCAAGACGACAGGAAACGCCCGCUGGAAGUCCCGCUCGCCAAAAUGGUCAAAACAAGAAGCCGCCAGUUGUUCGACUGUUUGCUGAAAAGUCGAGGUUUCAGAGCGUGAAGCAGGCGCUCCACACCGCCAUCCCCGAGCGCCUCCUGUCCAGGGAGUCGGAGCGGGCGUCCAUCCGGUCGUUCCUGGAGGAGACGCUGCUGCAGAGUCUCCCCGGCAGCCUCUACAUCUCUGGAGCUCCGGGCACCGGCAAGACGGCCUGUCUCAACUGUGUCCUGCACGAGAUGAAGGCCGAGUUGUCGUCGGUACAAACCGUGGUGGUGAACUGUAUGAGUCUGAGGAGUUCCCACGCCAUCUUCCCACUGCUGGCCGACAAACUGAAAGCUUCCGGCGGGCAGAGCGGCCUCCAGCGGCUCCUGACGGCCCCGGGGCCCACUGUGCUUCUUGUUCUCGAUGAGAUGGACCAGCUGGACAGUAAAGCUCAGGACGUCCUCUACACCAUCUUCGAAUGGCCGUACCUGGCCGGGUCUCGCCUCUGCCUCGUUGGCAUCGCCAACGCUCUGGAUCUGACGGACCGGAUCCUGCCCAGGCUGCAGGCCCGGCCUCGCUGUCGCCCACAGCUCUUGCACUUCCCUCCCUACAGCCGACAGGAGCUCGCGGCCAUCGUACAGGACAGACUCACACAGGCGUCUGCCGACGGGAUCCUCGACGCCUCUGCGGUUCAGUUCUGUGCCAGGAAAGUGUCGGCGGUGUCGGGAGACGCCAGGAAAGCUCUGGACAUCUGCAGGAGAGCAGUGGAGAUCGUGGAGUCUGACGAGAGGAAGAAAGCAGCGACUUCAGAGGCCGAGACUAAAGAGUCUCGGGUCAGCCUCCCCCAGGUUGCACGGGUCCUGUCGGAGGUGUACGGCGACCGCAUGGCGUCUCAGAGCGGCGGCUCGGAGGGAGAGAGUUUCCCCCUGCAGCAGAAGCUGCUCGUCUGCUGCCUCCUGCUGCUCAUUCGCAACGGAAAGAGCAAAGAGAUCGUCCUUGGAAAGCUGCACGAGGUGUACAGUCGUCUGUGUGCUCAGAGGCAGGUGUCGGGAGUCGGUCAGGGCGAGUGUCUGUCGCUCUGCAGCCUGCUGGAGAGCCGAGGCAUCUUCGCCCUGAAGAAAGCCAAAGAGGCUCGUCUCACGAAGGUGAAUCUGAAGAUCGAGGAGAAGGAUGUUGAAAACGCUCUGAAGGACCGAACGCUGCUCGGCAGCAUCCUGGCCGCAGGACUCCCCUCGUGAUCACUCCUCUAUUCACUGUUUUCUCUGAUUAUCAAGUUGAAACUAGAUUUUUAUUUUACUGUUUUUACUUUUUUAAUAUUCUCAUUUUUGCUGAGAAUUUGUACAUUUCUCUGAAGUUUUUUUUUUUUUUUUAAACUGGCGUUGACGCUCAGUUUGGGUUGAAAAGUCAGUUAUGAAUUUUGACAGCGUUUGUUUCAGUUGAGUUUUGAAACGUUUCCAUUUUUAAGCUGUAAAUAAACAGAUGUACAGAGAUUUUAA